CCCGCCCUUUCGUGGGCCGGGCUUCCGGGCUCUGAACACCGAGGCCCCGCCCAGUAGCCUAGGCGGGGCUCCACUAAGUUCCCAGCUUCCCUUUUCCUUGCUGCCGCUGCCGGGUUUGGAGCACGCCGGCGGAGCUCCGGACACGUGCGAGGUUUUGAAGACGGGUCUUGAACAACACACAAGUGUUCACUAACUGGUGGCCUACUCUAACCUAGAGUGCUUUGAUUACAGAGGGGCCAGUUGUGGACUUUGGACAAAUAACAGUGCCAGGGUGACUUGAAAGUAGUGCAUCCUUGUCCGUCCUGAAGAGGAAAUUAGUGGCAGGUGGACAGUCUGUAUGGAGUUUUGAGGUGACUUCACCUGAGAAACCUGUGUCCCUUAGGACCUCAUAUCUGACAGACAGCCCUGUGUAACACCUAGGGUUACUGGUCUGUAAAUAUCCAAGCUGCCACUCUUUCUGUGCCCAGUGCAGCCAUGGCUCGUGGUCCCAAGAAGCAUCUGAAGCGUGUAGCAGCUCCAAAGCAUUGGAUGCUGGAUAAACUGACGGGUGUGUUUGCUCCUCGUCCAUCUACUGGUCCCCACAAACUGAGAGAAUGUCUCCCACUCAUCAUUUUCCUAAGGAACAGAUUGAAAUAUGCCUUAACAGGAGAUGAAGUAAAGAAGAUCUGCAUGCAGAGAUUUAUCAAGAUUGAUGGCAAGGUCCGGACUGAUGUAACCUACCCUGCUGGCUUUAUGGAUGUCAUCAGCAUUGACAAGACUGAAGAGAAUUUCCGUCUGAUCUAUGACACCAAAGGUCGAUUUGCUGUUCAUCGUAUUACAUCUGAGGAGGCCAAGUACAAGUUGUGCAAAGUGAGAAAGAUCUUUGUGGGCACAAAAGGAGUCCCUCAUCUGGUGACUCAUGAUGCUCGCACCAUCCGCUACCCUGAUCCCCUCAUCAAAGUGAACGACACCAUUCAGAUUGAUUUGGAGACUGGCAAAAUUACUGAUUUCAUCAAGUUUGACACUGGUAACCUGUGUAUGGUGACCGGAGGUGCUAACUUGGGAAGAAUUGGUGUGAUCACCAACAGAGAGAGACACCCUGGCUCUUUUGAUGUGGUUCAUGUGAAAGAUGCCAAUGGCAAUAGCUUUGCCACCCGGCUCUCCAACAUUUUCGUUGUUGGCAAAGGCAACAAGCCAUGGAUUUCUCUUCCUCGUGGCAAGGGUAUCCGCCUCACCAUUGCUGAAGAGAGAGACAAGAGACUGGCAGCCAAACAGAGCAGUGGGUGAAGUGAUCUCUAGGUGAUGUGAUUGGAAAAGUCUUUAUGCCUAAUUAGAGCUAAAUAUAGCAUGAUUAAUUGUCCCCCCCCCCAAAAAAAAAAAAUCCAGGCUACCACCUCCUACCAUAGGUAGAAGUUAGUAAACAUAAGUGCUCCUCUUCGUUGGUCUACUCAAGUUUCAGGCCACAAUUCUGUAUCAUAUUAAGAGGGAAAACUAAAUUGGGUACAGUAGAGGGCCCCAAGCAUUGAGUGCUGUCCUGUUGUCUGUCAAUAAUUCAUUUCCCUUUCAGGGUUGAAAGAAAUUGUCUUUCUUUCAAUGCAAAAUGGAUUUUUGCAUUGAAAUUUUGGAUCACAUCUCAAAUUUUAAUCAGGAAAACAAAACCUCAGGAAUAAAUUCUGCAGGGCCCGAAGGGACACUAAAAGGAGGCUUAGUGCCUAGGAAUUCACCCAAAAGAAAACAACAUGGUAAGAGCAACUAAUUAAGAACUUUAAAAAGUGACAAGGAUUCCUGUUAAUCUUGUUGCUUAAUUGGGACUUAAUGAACAGCUCCAGUUAAUGGGCCUGUCAAUACUCUCUUGGGAAACAAUUUCACUGAAUUAACAAAUCAACUGUAAUACUUAUAAUGUCUGCUUAAAAACAUCUUUUUCUUUAUUACUAUUUUGGAACACUUAAUGAGCCAACUUGCUGGGUCACAUAUUUGUCAUUUUAGUGUCUUAAGGCCUGGUUAAAAAGGAGCCCUUGUUACUUUGGCCCUCCCUGUUCUCCAGUAAAGGCCUUUUGGGGUAUGAGAAUGUUAAGGGUAACUAUACUACUACCUGGGUAGGGGGUGAUAAAAUAGACCUCGAAGUUUAUUGUAUUUUAGAAUAGUUAGAGAUUUACAGAAAAGACGUGAAGGUAAUACAAAGAAUUCCCAUGUUCCCCACACCUAGUUUCCCCUAAUGUUAACAGUAUAGUACGUUUGUCACAAUUAAUGGGCUAAUAUUUAGUUAAUAUUAUUAACUAAAGUCCAUACUUUAUUCAGAUUUCCAUAGUUUUUAUCUAAUGUCCUUUGUUCCAGUAUCCCAUUGAGGAUAUUACAUUUAGUCAUGUCUCAUUGGGCUCAUUCUGGCUGUGACAGCUUCUUAGAUGUUCUUUUUUUUUUUGAUGACCUAGAGUUUUGAGUCGGGUAUUUUAUAGAAAGUUCCUCAAUAGGAUUGAGUUUUUCUCAUGAUUAGGCUGGGCUUAAAGGAUUUUGAAAGGAAGACUACAGAGGUAAAGUGCCGUUCUCAUCACAUAUCAAGAGUAUAUACUAACAAUAUGAUUUAUUACUGUUGAUGUUAGCUUUGAUCACCUGGCUAAGGUCUUAUUUGCCAGGUUUCUCCAUUGUAAAGUUACUCUCUUCCACUCAAUAUUGUACUCUUUGCAAUGAAGUCACUAUGUACAGCCCACACUUAAGAGAGGAGUUGUGCUCUCCUUAAAAGUGGAAUGUCUACAUAAGUUGCUUGGAAUUUUUCAGAAAUAAAUUGAUCUUUUCUCUAUUCAAUUUA